AUGGCUGAUCCGAUGCUCAACCACGAUAUCGACAACGGUUCAAACUUUCGGCUCCCCGGACUCGUCUCCCAUGCAGACAAUGUUGCGCGUUUGAUCACCGCAAUGUCUUUCAGCUACUCCGGAUUACAAAAUCCCCGUCUUCUAGAGUGUUAUUUCUAUGCGCCCUGGGGCCAAUGCCUUAGCCAUCUCAUUGAGGACGUCGGGCCCGAGACUUUUAUCAACCCUCAACACAAACUGGCUCCAUUCGAUCGCACCUCUAUCCAGGCCUGGCUCAAGCAGAAACAGAAAGAAAAGGACGACGUGAAGAUGUUCGAACAACAGCGAAAAGCAAACAUGCUGGGGAAGCCAUGGCCAGUAGCUACGCCGUCCACUGCGCCAACCCCGGGUCCUCCGCUUCGUGUCAUCGCGCCUGCAGAUCAAGUGAACGUUGGAGAGUCCUCCGCGACCGAGGAAAGAGACGAUGACAAUGACGAUGGCGAUGACGACCUCCUAGCGGAGAUCCCAUUCGAGACCCUCCCGGACCAGAAGGCAAAGGAAAAAUCACCCGACUUCUCAAUUCUGAAGGCCAUCAAGUUUAUCAAUCGCUUGACUGGCGACAUCAUCACCCCGGAAGACUUCCCCAAGAAUCCGGCAGACUGGGACAUCGUGCGUAUCGCAGCCACAAGGGUCCUUCUGCUGGCGGAACUCAAGCCCCCAGCAUCGCGUCAUUCAAAGGACGAGACCCAUUUUCAAUUAGUCCUUGACAACAACCUCCAAAAGGCCGGGUUGCAAGCGAUUGACCAAGCCGAACUUGCAUUCACUGCAGAUGAAAAGCUCGAUUCCGUGAUCGCCCUUGCGGUCUCCGGGGAAUGGUGGAUGUGGAACUUGGUGACAAGGGCCUCCGUACCUUCACUGGAGCUAGAGUUGAAGUUGAUCGCCCCACCUUCCCCUCACCAACAGCAGGAACUAAGGAAAUCACACCGGCUCCAGAACACGGAAGCUCGCAAGGCUGAAGCGGCCAUUCAAGACGACACAGAGAAGGGCAAAGUCUGGAAUGGUAUGCUCCUCGGUGUCAGAACCGAGCCUAAGUCGUAUGAAGAGAAAGAAUCCGCCUUGGAUUUCCCAAGUGACGACCAGAAAGUCCCUUACCAACCUGCGAAUUCAAAAAAGGGAAAGGAACCAGAGAGUGAAGAGCAUCAAGGCCCUAGAGCCCGUACCGUGUUGCAAAACGCGAUACCCCCUUAUUCCGACCAAGCCAAAGCCUCCAUUUUCGACGCGCUUCCACCCCCUGGUGAAUGGUCGGAGGUCAUGCGUCUUAGCACGCCUGCUUCCAACCAGGGUUUCUCCAUCCUGCACUACUUCAUUCAGCAUGGGCGACUGCCAGCAAGUGGACAGGUCCAACCAAACGACGGCCACAACCCACAGGACCAUCAGGGAGCGGAGGUUCGCGCAAACGCACCGCCGAGCCAACCUCUGUCGAGGAUGAACAGGCCCAGAAAAAGCUAA